CAGGCAGGAAUUUAGUGUAAAUACAUUGAACAUACGUCUUUACCAUGUUUAUUUUGCUCCAUGAAAAGGAGAGGUUUCAAGGGAGGUGCUUUCUGUCUCUCUCUCUGACUGCUGUAAACGUUUGUGUGUCUAUUUACUUUGAACACGUGUCACUCAAAAGAAGGUCCUGAGAGAGAGAGAGAGAGAGAGUUUGAGAAUUACCUACAGAGAGAAAGAGAUGCCCUUUUUUUCCUUUCUCAGUGUGGAGUAAUCUUCAAAACCCAGCCUUUCCAGCAAUACCCAGUUGCUAUAGCAUACUUUCCGUUUCUUGUUACCCUCUCCAUUUAACCUGUCAUUUUCUUGAGAAAUUUAUCUGUGUAGACCAUACCCGGAUAAAAUCAAGACUUGAAUUGCAGAUUUUGAAGCGUUUCUGAGAUGGGUUUUUCAGAUGCAAAAUUGGGCUCAAGUGUUUGUUGAAAGACCGAGGUGAGAGUUUGACUGUAGUGAAUUGGAGUUCUUUGUAAUAAAAAUGAGAGAUUUUCCGUCUUGCUUUGGUGAAAAUGGGGUGCAAGUAGCUGAUUCUUCAUCUUCAAAUACUAGUAAAAAUGCGCAGAAUUUGGUUACUUGCGUGUAUCAAUGUCGAAUUCGAGGUCGCUUUUGCUUGAUCACUAUUACGUGGAGUAGGAAUUUGAUGGGUCAAGGCCUAAGUGUUGGAAUGGAUGAUUCCGCUAAUCACUGUUUAUGCAAGGUUGAUAUUAAACCCUGGUUGUUCUCGAAAAGAAAAGGGUCCAAGAGUUUAGAAGCAUAUUCUUGUAAAAUUGAUAUAUAUUGGGACCUUUCAUCGGCUAAAUUUGGAUCUGGGCCUGAACCGUUAGAAGGAUUUUAUGUGGGUGUUGUUGUUGACAGGCAAAUGGUUCUCCUUCUAGGGGAUAUGAGAAAAGAAGCUUUCAAAAAAACUAGUGCUACUCUCACUCCUUCUAAUGCUGUUUUUGUUUCCAAGAGAGAACACGUGUUUGGCAAGAAGGUGUUUAGCACCAAGGCUCAGUUUUGCGACAAUGGUCAAAUUCAUGAUCUUGUGAUUGAAUGUGACACAAUCGGUAUCAGUGAUCCUUGCCUUGUGGUUCGGGUGGAUUGCAAGACUGUGAUGCAAGUGAAACGGUUGCUGUGGAAGUUCCGAGGGAAUCAUACCAUAUUGGUUGAUGGGUUGGCAGUAGAAGUUCUUUGGGAUGUUCAUAAUUGGCUUUUUGGCACAUCUGUUGGAAAUGCUGUUUUUAUGUUCAAGACAUGCCUCUCAGCUGAGAAGUUAUGGUCAAGCCAAGCACUUACAGAUCCCAAUGUGUUGCCAUGGUCCUUCUCACAGAGAUUUCUGGAUUCCAAAUCGCAAAAUCUUGGUUUUUCACUGAUUUUGUAUGCUUGGAAGAAUGAGUAGAGUCAGAAAAUUUUCUUUGAGUGCUAACAGAAAAAUUAGGAGUUGUGAUUUUUAUCGGUUAUGUGAUUGAUUACACUUAGUUUGAUUCAACAGUUUUUCCCCCUUCUUUUUGGUCCUGUUGAGUUACUUGAGUAAUUAAAUUGAUACAAUUUCAUGUUUCAGUUGGCUGUAUGUCCUUUCCAAAAUGUUCCUUUAUUUUUUUUUUCUAUUUCUUCUUCUAUUAAAAUCCACUGUCAACAGAAUAAUUAAAUUCAUGGUUGAACCUUCUUUUUUUUUUUUUUUAAUUUGAGGUUUGAGUUUGUUUGUGUGAAGUGCAGCAUUUAGGACACCCUGGGUCAUUGGCUUUUGAGUUGAAUUCUCCCUUACGAUCAAUCUUUGCAUGCUUUGUCUUAGUCACAACUCACAAGUAUGUGCUGCUUUUCCUAGAGAUAUUUCAAUUAAUGCCAACGUUGCUUCUUGUUGAUUUACCAUUUGUUGGGAAUUUUGAUUCAUGCCUUUGUGUUGCAGGUGCCCAUUUAUUGCAUCUUGUUGAGGAAGAAAAUUUCAAGAUCACAGCAUGCUUCCAGACAUCCAGUUCAUAUGAGAUAAAUGAUCUUAUCUUACUAUAAUGUUGCAUGGGCACUUAAAAAUAUGUGAAUGAUCCAAUAUGGUCAUGUAAAUUCUGCCAUUGAUGGAUAUUGGUAUGAAAUUCUGACCUCAUUAUUAUUAUUAUUAUUAUUAUUAUUAUUAUUAUUAUUAUUAUUAUUAUUAUCAUCAUCACAUUGCUGAGUAGUAUCCAUGAAACUAUCAUGGAUAUGUUAUAUACUAUACUCAAUUAGCCAUCUCUUAUAGACAGCCUAGCCUGAUUCUGGGCUUAUGCGUCUCCUAAUACUAGAAUGUUCUACUCAAAGAUGAAUAUCCAUGACAACAUAGUUUACUAUAUGCUGAUAUGUCCGCCUGAUUCGUUGUCUAGGAUCUGAUGUAGCUUUUGACUCUGUAUUAGUUCUGCAGUGGAUGUAAGUGUGUUCUCUUACUACUUUAGCCUUUGCAGUUAUAUUAAUUUUCCCUAGUUUAUUUUCUUCAUCCACGCAAAUAAUAUUUCAUUGCUGGUUUAUUGAAUUUGCCAGUCUUAUAUCAAGUUUUGUGGCUACCUUCUAAUUAUCAGACCAUUUAUGUUUUAAGGAUGAUAUUUAUGUUAAACAAAUGCACAUAUAAUGUGUGUGUGUGUUUCUGCUUAGGUUUAUCAUCUUCUGAAACGGUCCCCACGAUAGUUGUAUGUGAGGCUUAUCAAGCCUCAUUGUCCAAUAACUUGGAGUUUCAAAAUUGAACACCCUAACAAGGUGUUAGAUUUUGCUAUAUUUCUAAGCCCAUUUAUAGUCACUGUUGUCCUGUCUAUUGUGUUCAUUUAAGUUGUGAAAUCUUUUACGCAGAAUUUAAAACUCUGUUAUCUAUCAGAAUUGGUUCUAGUACAGUAAAGGACAAUAUGUUGGAAUCUCAGUUGGCAGCUUGCCGUCAAGUGAUUGCAGUUGUGGUUGAUACACGUAUGCUUAGAUCUUGCUGUUCUGAGCCUCAUAAAUUCUUAGAUAAUGCCAAAGAUGAUAUACAGGAAUCUCAGCUAAUAGCUUGCUGUCAAGGACAGGUGAUAAUGUUUGUUGUUGAAUGUUGAGUCAUAUAUACGUUCGCUUGUUUAGAUACUGAUUUGAGUAUCUAAUUCUAAAUUUGACUUUCUACCUGACAAUCUUUGACAUUGUAAUUUAUGAAUUAUGAAGUUAAAUUUGUGACCUCA